GUCAGCAGUAUGUCAGUCCAUCUGAUGUCGAAGACGCGAUUCGAAGAGCCAUUGACAAGCCUUUAUGGAAAGCCCAGAGCACAAGGAGAUUUUGUAUUCAUCGAUGAUGCAUGCGCCCGUCCAGACGGUGCCCAUCAGAGCAGCGGUCGCGAGGCACUUCGAUUGGGUGAUGUUAUCGCACAGGUGGGAAAGCAAGGAGCUACUGCUGCACGACGUCCAGGGUAAGCCUGUGUACGAUUUGGAUCCAGUCGGAACCACUGCGAUGUUGCAGACAUUCUGCCAAAUCGCUCGUGAUGCAGGGCACCACUGGGCAUGGAGUGAUACAUGCUGCAUCGACCAGAAUAACAACGUUGAGCUCCAACGAUCAGUCAACUCUAUGUUUGUCUGGUACCGUCAGUCAGCUCUUACGAUCGUUUAUUUGUCGGAUGUUCCGCCUUCAGUACAGUCGGGCGCACUCGCAAACAGCGCUUGGAACACGCGAGGAUGGACUGUUCAGGAGUUUCUCGCUCCAAAUACCAUUCUAUUCUACCGGAAAGACUGGACCCCAUAUCUCAACGACCGCUCUCCCAACCACAAGGACUCUGUCGUUAUCAUGAAGGAAUUGGAGGAUUCAACAGACAUAGAUGCACAGGCCCUUGCCGCCUUCCGUCCAGCAUUUUACCGGAAAGACCCCAUAUCCCAACGACCGCUCUCCCAACCACAAGGAGUCAUGAAGGAAUUGGAGGAUUCAACAGGCAUAGAUGCACAGGCCCUUGCCGCCUUCCGUCCAGGCAUGAAGGAUGUGCGAGAGAAAUUGCAAUGGGCAUCGACACGCGCCACGACCCUGCAGGAGGACAUCGCAUACUCAUUGUUCGGCAUUUUCGGCGUCCACCUACCUGUCAUCUAUGGGGAGACAAAACAAAAUGCGCUCGGUCGGCUCUUGCAGGAGAUUGUUGCUCAGUCGGGCGACAUUACAGCCCUGGACUGGGUAGGAAAAUCAUCCGAGUUCAAUAGCUGUCUUCCGGCUGAAAUUUCCUCAUACAAACCUCUGCCAUGCACGCCACCACCCCUAUCUGAAGAUCGCAUACAGACGUUGGUCUCAUCACUGCAAGAUGCUGCCGUUGAGGAACAGGCUUUGAUGUUGUAUACCCGGCUUGACCACCUGAGCGCUCCUCGUUUCGACCACCGCAGACUGCAUCUGCCUUGCAUCACAUUUCCUGUCACAGAAAUCAGGCGGAGGCGUGGUCAAGACCGGGAGCUAUGCUUCACGUAUGAUGUGAAGGCAGACAGUCUUCACAACCUGCUAAUCACUACCGAAUACAAGCUGAUUCAAUUUUCGCCUGCAAGACCCACUCGGCAGACAUUCUUGCUCAUCCGUCCAUGGAAUCGGGAUGAUCUCGAGCUACCUGACUUCGCAGAUGAUGCGCAGGACAUGGUCGAGUCUAUGCCUGAGUCUCCACUAGACGAUUCGCUCGGUUGGUAUCCUGGGGAUGAUGAACCUGUUGAUACAGAGCCUCACUCACGAGAAUUGAGGUUGAUUGCUCGCUUGGGACAACCUUUUGGCGCACUUUUGCUAGCGCAGCAACGGGGUGGAGAGUACAAGAGGAUUGCUUUGGAUAACAAUAUCAUCGCGCAAGUCAAGGACAUGGCUUCUGUUCGUGACAUGAUGGAUGUCAGGACGCUAGAGAUAUUGUAGCUAUAUGCAUUUCAAAACAUGGGUAUUUCUGACGCAUUUUCAUUCAUACUUCGACAAUACCCGCAUGGAAUAUUCCCCCGAGAUAUUUGUAUUAUAUCGUAUGCUCAUUACAAGAGGCGGAUUACCACAAUUGCAUGAUCGAACCGUUGCUGAGGGCUC